AUGGCAAAUGACCUGGGACUGAGUUUGGAGGACUUCGAGUUCUCUAAAACAUUGACAGAACUACUUGAUGAACAGAACCCCUCCAAAUCUCUCACGAAACUAAAACCUCAGAGUUGGUUUACCCCCAACCUGAAAGACACCCCACACGUGGAUCUUUUCGUUGAAAUGACCACCAGCGACCUGACAAAAAUGCACCUUGAACGUCCAGCAAACAACAACCUGACUACCAAUGAACGAAAAGCUCUCAAAGUACUAAAAUCAUUAGACAAUGUUAUCAUAAAACCAGCUGACAAAGGUGGUAACAUUGUCUUACUAAAUCGAGACAUGUACGUUGAUAUGUGCAUGGCACAUCUUAGUGAUGCAUCUAAUUACAGUGUCCUUCCUUCUGAUCCUACGGAGACGUACAUAAAAGAGUUUGAAGCCUUACUCAUCACAGCUUUGGAACAAAAAAUCUAUAUUGCUUGCCAAAAGUGCAUAAAAGCAUUAUUACCCCUCCUGGGAGACCAAUUGUUUCAGGCAAUAACUGCCUGA